AUGUCAGGCAAGAACCAACAAGGAAAAAUGGACGUCACUCAAAAGAACGUCCUCAACGCACCCCUCCACAAGCACUCCGCCGAAGCCAAAACCCCCUCCAACCUCCCCUCCACCAUCAACGCCGGAAUGUGCACAAGCAGCAACCCCAUCGCCGCCAUCCUCACCAACAGCUUCCUAGACUUCUCCACCUCAAACGGUACCGACCUGCGAAAAGCCGGUGUGGGACCAGGACAAAGAUACUGCCUCGAAGCUUCGUCGUGGAAGAGCGCUGCGGAUAAGGGGAUUGGUGAGGUGCCGAAGGUUAAGUUGGAAUCGACGCAUGAGAGCGCGUUGAAAAGUGUGGGGUUGGAUACGCUGAAGAAGUGGGCGGCUGAGCAGGAGAAUCAGGGACAGGUCAUUCGGCCGGGGCAGGGUAAGGGGGGUUUUGUUAGGGAGAGUGAUCAGAUUGGUGGGAAGGAGCCUAGGGCGUGA